GAAUCUCGCUCGAUCUCUCCUCGUGCGAGCUAAGCUGCUCACCCCACAAACGACCGAACCAUCUACCUUUCUUCCCCUUAGUCUUUUCCACGUCUCCGGCAGCAGAGCAUGGCAGGAAUGGACUACAUGAAGCUGCCAAACCUGGUAGGGCUCCAGAACUUCACCCGGGACCUGAACUACGCGGGGUUGACUAGCGAGGGUUGGGACGACCCGUUCAACCUCCUCCCCCCCUCUCUCCUGCUCUUCUGUCUGGCCACCGUCGGCCGGCCGCGAGGUCCUCUGGCCUUCUGGGUGCUCCUGAACACGGUGCUCAUCCACCCCAUGGACUUUUUUGUUGGAGCGCUAGGCCGGGGCCCGAAGUACCUGUCAGAUGAGUAUGCAGUGAUGGACACCCGCUACUGGCCACUGGACGAUCCAACAGUCGCAUGGAUCUCUUACCUCGAGCUGGCUGUGUAUGUCCCCCUCGGCUACUUCUGGUAUAAGGGAGUGGUUGAGGGCAAAUGGUUCCAGCAUUUCCAUGCUCUCCUGGUGUCCACUUUCCAGCUGAUGGGCUGCAUCCUCUAUCUUGGCUGUGAGUGGCACUGCAACUUCUCACAUCUACCAUCUCCUGACUGGCCUUGGCCGAGGUUUGACAGCUACCUGAAGAUCAAGUACUUCUGGCUGAUCUUUGUGGGCUGCAAUGGAGUGUGGAUAGUCGUUCCCCUCCUGGUCUACUGGCACACCUUCUCUGAGAUGUCCAAACUACCAACCACAGCCAAGAGCAAGAAACACUAGACUCUAGGCGAGCAUGGUGUAUUAUUGUACCAUUCUCCAUCACUAUUUAUUAAGUCAAAACUUUAACGGAGAAUACUGUAAAUAAAAAAC